AGUUAAUUAUGCUGCAAAGGGGAUCGGUAGUAACAACAAAAGGAAAUGUUAUAUUUGUUGUCCUUUAUGUAGGACAGACACGAAAUGUGAUAUCAAACAAUUUGAUAAUAAUGCCAACAAGUGGGUUGAGAGCUUACCUGUUAACUUUAUCCUAGUUUCGAUUUUUAGCAGCAAGAAAUCAAAAAUGACGGACAAGGAAAUUAACUGUGAACCGUGUUCUCGUGACGAAAUAAAAGUACCGGCAAGUCGUUAUUGUUAUGAGUGUUCCGAGAAAAUAUGCGAAGACUGUGUGAAAUUACAUAAGAAAAUCAAAAGUCUGUCAAAUCAUAAACUUUGUAACCUUGGCGACGGAGAAUCAGAUGUUGCUCAAUUUGAUUUCUUGAAGUCACUAACAAAGUGUCCGGAGCAUCAGGCGGAGGAGGUUCGAUACAUCUGCAAGGACCACGACCAGUUAUGUUGUAAUGAGUGCGCAAUAGUAAGGCACCGGAAGUGUGACCAUAUGAUCUCUAUAGCAGACGAACUGUCCAAGUUGGAGAUUUUAGACCAGGAUAUAGAUUUCAGACUGGUUGAAAUUUUGGAUGGUUCCAAAAAGCUCACAGAAUACGAAACCAAGCACCAGUCUACAGUAAAAGCUUCAAAGAUUCAAAUUAGAGAUAAGCUGACAGCGCUUAAAAAGAAAAUAGAGGAAGCUUUCUGUAAAAUGGAACAAACUAUUUUACAGGAUGCUGAUGAAAGAAUCGUCAACAUAAUGAAGAAAAGUAAAACACAACUAGAAAGCAUUGAAACGCUUAGAACUGAGGUUAAUCGGUCACGUGACAAACUUCGUAUUGCCCAUAACAAUGGAGAAAAGCUUCACUUGUUCCUGGUUGAGAGAAAAUUGAAAACAGAACUGAAACGACACGAAGACACGCUUCAAAAUCUUCGAAGUGACUCAAGCGUGAAAAGUUUUACUUUAGUAGAUGACAUUUCUGAACAAGACUUGAUAAAAACCAUUGCUUUCUGUUCUCAUCUUGAAGAGCUAACAUCUAGUGUUGGAAUACCCUCAAGUACAAAAAUAUGCGAUACCAAUCUAACCGGAGAGCCAGUCUUAAUUAGCGAAAUGGAACUGAAACUUCCAUCAGGUUAUGCUCGUGCGUGCGUGUGGGUAGACAAUUUUGUUGUCGUUGGUUUCCCAGAAAUGAAGCAGCUUCAACUGUUUGACAUAAACAAAGAAUCACUCAAAUACAAUAAAACAGUAAUCGUGUCUUCAGAACCAUGGUCUUUGAACAAAUUAGAUGAUUCAAGAUUUGCUGUUUGUUAUCCACAUGAAUACGCUAUUGAGUUAAUGAAGAUCAGUAAAGGGACAUUUGAACCGGUGAAUACGUUCAGUACUGACAGUGCCAUCUAUGAUAUUUCGUUUAACAAAUUAAAACGCCAGAUUAUAGGUCUUUCCAGUUCUUGGACUAUUGAUGUGUUCGAGCUUGAUGGUACUAAAUCUGGCUCUGUCCCAUUAACACCUGAAAUGUAUAAUGUUGUAAAGAAUGCGUUCGGAAUUUGUUUUGAUACAGGCACUAACGUGCUGUACAUAUCUAGUCACGGUCUGCAUAAAGUGGUGGCUGUGAAGUUAGAUGGUACGUUAGUAUUCGAAUACAGUCAACAAAAUUUACAGUAUCCUUGGCACCCAGACAUCGAUGUCAAAGGAAACAUUUAUAUACCGAGUGCCGAAGCGAUGCAUCAUAUUGAUAGAAAUGGGAAACUCCUACGUGAAAUAAAGCUUCCUGGCCACGGACUUUGUGUUAGCUUUGAUGAAAGUAAGACCAAGUUCAUAGUGUCUUUUGGCAAUCCUUCGCGUAUCCUCAUGUACAUUGAAAGUGAGCUUCAAAAAACAGAAAUUGAAUCUUUGUUUUCCGAUGUGAAACUUUCGACGGCCAAAAUGGAAACGGCGAAAGAAUUCGGCCAACCUCUCCAUUUGUUUCUUAUACAGAGGAUCUUGAGAAACAAAAUAACAAGGCACGAAGGUAAAAUCAGAUGUCUCAAUGACAAAUUGAGUAGGCCUAAACGAAUUGUUAAGGCGGUAGAACAGUCAGCCUGUAAUGAACUAAAACAAAAAAUAGCGGACUGUCUCCGUAUUUUAACAAAAUGUUCAGAUGCCAAAAUUCCUACUUGUCAAGGAAUUAUGAAAUAUAAUUCUUUAUCAGAAGCGGUCAAAAGCUCCGAUAACGUCCCAGAUAUCCAACAGCCAGAUACAGAUGAACCAAAUGUGGUAUCUGUAAUACAAGAGAAGGAAGUAAGCACAGAACAAGAUUAUGAAGAUUAUGAAGGUUGUGAAGAAUCCGAGGAAGAUUCUGAUACAGAUUUGUAUGAUUCUCAUGUUAAAUGUCAAGAAUGGUGUGCUAUCAGUAAGCGUAGAAAGAGAGGUCGGCAUAAAUCAAAAAGAAACACAGAACCAGCAAAGAAGUAGUACAUGCACGCCUAUAAUUCAAUACUGUUAAAUCGGAAGGGUUUGGUAUUCGUUAAUCACUCGUAGCUCAAACUAUGUUCUACAUUUUGUCUAAGAAAUAAUAUAUUAUAAAAAGUGAUUCGUCGUUGACAUAAAUCAUUGUAGUUCAGAUGCCAAGGAAUUAUAUAACUAGGGCGCAGCCUAGCAGAUAUAGUUAUGCCCAUCUGGGCGACUAAGAAUGAUUGUAGAAAAUCACUGAGCUAUAUUACUUCGAUUCUAACACGAUAUCAAUGAUUAUUACUAUUGACGAUAUCCACCUGUAUUUGCUUGUUUUGUGUUGGUUUUUUUUCCAGCGCGCCGCUUUGAUAUUUUCGGCCGAGACGUAAUAAUUGUAACGUAGCAACUGUGGAUGCAGUUACAAUCUUCUAUGUUUAAUAGGAAGUUUUGGAAUUAAACUAAAUACUAAUAUGCUUUUCUCUGUUAAAACACUCUAAUGCUCGGAUGCCACGUUAACGUGCGGUACUAGACGUCAAUGUUUUGUUGCGCUACUAUAUUUUAUCUACUGUUUUAGAUUAAGUCGAAAUAAUCUAUAGCAAAACCGUGUUUUAACACUACUUAUACACUUGGGCGGUAAUACCUCCUACAAAUAUUUUCACUUGGGCUGCGCCCGACGUAUAACUGCCCAUCGUGCAUAAAUAGUGUUAAAUCACUCUUUGGCUAUAAAUUAUUUCUUAUGUCAUAUUGUA